CAGCCUCUGGAAGCCAUGGGAGGCUGUGUGACGGGAAGAGGAGAGAGGUGAGCUGGGGCCAAGGCCGGCGCACAGGCUGUGCAGCACAUGCCACCCCUUUGGCGAGCUCGUGACCCUGUCGUGGGGAUGGAAGGCUCACCAGCGACAGCUGAGGAAAUUGUCAUAAUUCCUCCCCAAAUACCCGCUACGCCUCUGGUCCUCGGUCCUCGGUCCACUCUUCCGGAGGUGAGCUGCCUGCAGCGCCCCGUGGAUGAUUGUUGAUGGCGCCUAGAGAAGAUGCAAGGUCCCCCUCUCCUGGCCUUCUGCGGGCAGGGCCUUUCUGGAUGAUCUCGUUUGACCUCAUUUGAAAGGUUUUUUAAAAAAUGAGUCUGAGAAGGUGACCGGCUCAGAUCAUGCCAUGUGUUAGUGGUGGGACCGAGAUGAAAAGCACUGCCGCCUCCUCUAAGAACAGAAAAUGAACAAACCCCAGGAACAAGUGUCAUUCAAAGAUGUGUGUGUGGACUUCACCCAGGAAGAGUGGCAUCUGCUGAAUCCUGCUCAGAAGAUACUAUACAGAGACAUGAUGCUGGAAAAUUACAGCCACCUUGUCUCAAUAGGGUAUUGCAUUACUAAGCCAGAAGUGAUCAUCAAGAUAGAGCAAGGAGAAGAGCCCUGGAUAUUAAAGCAAGGAUUCCCAAGCCAGUGCCACCCAGAAGACUGGAAAGAUGAUGACCUAAUAGAGAGCAGCCAAGAAAAUGAAGAUGGGCAUUUUUGGCAAUUUGCUCUUACCACCAACAAAACAUUAAAUAUACAUGGUGGUGAGAGAGUAAGGAAAACUUUCAAUCUGGGUAAAGACUGUGUUCCUUCAAGAAAUUUUUCAUAUAAGAUAUGUGCCUCUUGUGAAAUGAGUUUGAAGAAUAUUUCAGACUUAAUUAUUAGUAGAAAGAACUAUUCUGGAACAAAACCUGAUACGUUUAGUUUAUAUGAGAAAUUGCUCCUUGAUAUUAGGCAUGAGAAAACUCUUACUGGAGGGAAAUCUUAUAACUAUGAUCAAAAAAGGAAUAUCCUUAGUCAUGGCCAGGAUCUCACUCAGCUAAUUUUCGACCAGCCUUCUGAGUAUAAUGAAAAUGGACAAGACUUCCAAGAAGAGGCAGCCUUUUUCUCAAAUAAGAGAUCUCAGAUAGGAGAGACACUCUGUGAAUAUAAUGAAUGUCAAAGAACUUUCAUCCAAAACUUAAAGCUCAGUUUAUCUCAGAGAACUCAUUUAGAAAGGGACCCAUAUGAAUGCAGUAUUUGUGGGAAUCCCUUCUAUGUGGAUUUAAGAUUGGGACAUCAGAGAGCUCUUACAGGGGAGAAUCCUUAUGAAUAUAAUGAAUAUGAUCAAAUUUUCUGUGACAAUUCAACUUUCAUUAUUCAUCCGAGAACUUAUACAGGAAAAAUUCCCCAUGAAUAUAAAGUAAGUCACAAAACGGGGGGGAAAUCAGCCCUCUUUAAACAUCAGAUAGUACAUAUGAGAGCAAUACCUUAUGAGCACAAGGAGAAUGGAAAUAAUUUCAACAAGAAGUCACAUCUCACCCAACCUCGAAGAGCUCACUCAGGAGAAAAAAACUUUGAAUGUGCUGAAUGUGGAAAAACAUUCUGGGAGAAGUCAAACCUCACUCAGCAUCAGAGAACACACACAGGAGAGAAACCCUAUGAAUGUGCUGAAUGUGGGAAAGCCUUUUGUCAGAAACCACACCUUACCAACCACCAACGAACACAUACAGGAGAAAAACCUUAUGAAUGUAACCAGUGUGGAAAAACAUUCUGUGUGAAGUCAAACCUCACUGAACAUCACAGAACACACACAGGAGAGAAACCCUAUGAAUGUAACACAUGUGGGAAAUCCUUCUGCCACAGGUCAGCACUAACUGUACAUCAGAGAACACAUACAGGAGAGAAACCCUUCAUAUGUAAUGAAUGUGGGAAAUCCUUUUGUGUGAAGUCAAACCUCAUUGUACAUCAAAGAACUCACACAGGAGAAAAACCGUAUCAAUGUAAUGAGUGUGGGAAAACCUUCUGUGAGAAAUCAGCUCUUACUAAGCAUCUCAGAACUCACACAGGGGAGAAACCCUAUGAGUGUAAUGGAUGUGGGAAAACCUUUAGUCAGAGAUCAGUACUCACUAAACAUCAGAGAAUUCACACAAGGGUGAAAGCUCUUUCCACAUCCUGAAUGUUCAGAAAUCUGUCCACCCUUUCAAAUUCAUUAUUCAGUUUUUAAAAAAUAAGAUCAAUGAAACCCAAAGAACAUCACAAGUUACUCAAAAGUUAUGUCUUAUUGUACUUCAGAUAAUUAAUAUUAGAAUAAAACCUUAUUAAUGUUUUAAAUAUGUGGAAGCUUUUAAGAAAAAAUAAACUUUUGUCAGAAAAUUUGUACUUAGGAAAAAUUUGUUCAUUUAAGUUAUAUGGUAAAAAUCUUUGUAGAGAAUUUAUGUUGUAUCAUAUUCCAAAUGUGAUACCAAAACUUUAUUGUAAAUAUAAUGUGUGAUACUCACUUAUACUGAUAUUCACAGUAUAAUCUGAAGCUUAAAAAAUGUUGAAUGACAAUAGCAUUAAACAUUUAUGUGAAGAAUCCCUAAUGUGUUCAGACCUAUGUAAGUAUUCUAACAUAAUAGAAAUUUGAGGUAUGCUUGAUUUAUAUAUUAGAGUCCAACAUUAAUUGUGAAGAGAAAGUAUGAACACUUAAACAACUAUUGUGAUCUAUAUUAAUAUUUCCCACACUAAAUACCACCAGUAUCUUUGUAGGCUAACAUAAUUGCAUAUGUACAUGUAAAUAUAUUUAUACACACAUAUAGUGAUGUGCUAGAUUAAGUUCAUACUGGCUUGGAAGUACUGCUGAUUUAAAUUUUCAGGAAUUUUGCCAGCCAGUUGUUAAACACAGUCAUUUAAAAAUUAAAUUACAUAAAAUUAUAAUUAAAUUAUAUUAAAAACAAAGGUGGUAAAUACUCAACACAUUACUUACUAAUUAUUUUAUAAUAUUUUGCUACUUGUUCUUUAGGUUACUUAUAUUUUUGAGUCUUCAUGGAGAGAAUACUGAGUAAUGGUGUGCAGCUGCACAUCUCUUUCCAUCUCUACAUUCAGUGCCAUCAUGUUGGUAGCUUGGCUUAGUGUGAGUAUUUACACAAUGGAAAUUGGCAAACUCUACAUAUUAGAGUUAUUUUCUUAGAUAACCUGUUGUCAAGUAUUUAGCAGCACACCACUAUGGAUAUAAGAAAAUAUAUUUGGAAGAGUUAAAGUGAAAACCACAUAACUUUUCUCCUAUUUCCUGACAUAAAUACAUGGCUAUUGUCAUUGCUGAACUGCCACUUCAAUAAAGAAGACAAAAUAUGUUUCUGUGAGUUUUUUAACCACCUUUGCAUCAUUUCUAUCCUCAAUACUACCAAGUCUCUUUAGAGUACGGCCAGUAUAUGUUAUUUUACAGCCACGUCACCUACCUUUCCUCAUAGAUGAGUGAGUACUGCCAUUAUUAUUGAACUACUUCCAUUAAAAAACCAAACAUUUUUUCCUGAGUUUUUUUAAGCAGCCUCUCAGUCAAUACUGUAAAUGCUGUUAAUAGUGAUACAUAAAUUCCACAAAGAUUAAUAUUAGUUAUAAACAGUAAUAUUGCACUGUACAAAUAAAAAAAUAGUUGUAUGUAAUGAAAUGCCUCUUUCAUACUCUUGGUAUUUCAUUGCUGUAUCUAUUUAGGCAUGAUAUGUGUAACCUGAGUUGUAUGUAAUCCAGGAAGUAUGUAUUUGUAUUUCAUAUAAUAGUGUUACAUACUGUCCCUUUUGCCUUUGUCCUAUUGUUUCCUAUGAUUCCUUGCAACAUGUUGAUAAGCAGUUCCAAGAGACUCUACUUCUUAUUUGUUGGGCUCUGUUUUUUCUUUGUCUAUCCCUCACCCAGAUGAUAUAAGGGUAAAUCCAGAUUAGUCUGAGUUAGUCAUGGAUAUGCUAAUGAUUUUGUUGGGUGGAUAUGUGAGAUAUGAGAUGUUUGGAAAAUAUUCUAUAGUGCUUUGAGGAAAGAUCUCAGCAAUUAAAUGUCAUGACAUGAGAAAACAUGAGAAGAGAUUGUCUCUAUUGUAAUGGACUUUUUCAUGUCUAUAUAGUAUAUCAAAUUAUAGUUUAUGGCUCUAAAGGGCAAUAGCCCAAAGGUAACAGCACACAAGAUGAGAAAACCCUAGCUUUAAGAUAUGCAACUCUAUAUGGACUUGCUCUCUCUCAGGACCUUAUAUUACUGUGAUAAUAAUGGCUUCUCAUUUAUUCUUAGGGUUAUUAUUUAGAACUGAAGGCAUUUCCCCCAAAAGAGAUGAAUUAUUUUCUAAGUGUUAAUAUUCUUAAAAUACAGUGAAUUUUGGGGGAAAUUAUUUCUUUUUUAAAAAAUAUAUAUUUUUAUUGAUUUCAGAGAGGGAG